AUGUCUGGAUUCGCCGAUUUCGACGCCGGUCAUCGUGACUUGAUAACUGUCACUAAAUUCAAUUUCUAUGGUAAUCGCAUUGUUACGGCCUCUUCUGAUCACCGUAUGAAAGUAUGGGAUCAGAAAGACGGUGAAUGGCAAUUAACUGACACUUGGCGUGCACAUGAUGCUGAGAUCCGCGAUGCAAGCUGGAAUGGUCCAUUUACGGGCCAACAUAUAGGUAGUGUUGGUGAAGACAUGAAAUGCAAGAUAUGGCAAGAAGAUGUUACCCAACCUCCUAACUCUGGCCGACGCUUCCGGUCUAUCUUUCGCAUGACGGCACCGCACCGGCAUCCGUUCGUCUCAAUUGACUUCCGCAAUAUUGACCUCGAGUCAUGGCUUGCUGUCAUUACACGAGAUGGGUUCCUGAUGGUCAUGGAACCCGGAGAGGAAACAAGUUUCAAGGUGCAAUUUCACCACGACCCCACAGAUAUCACCCACUCAGUUUUGCCGUCUUCGGAUCGUAAAAGCCUCUCACUAGUAGUGGCAGCUAUGGACAGUGUGAAAGUAUAUCGCACCGAUGCCAGUCGACGUUUCUAUCACGCAAUUGAGCUGUCGAGCCAUGGAGGCCUUGUGAGAGAUAUCUCUUGGGCCAAUGGCUCCGUUCGCGGCUAUGAUCUUAUUGCUAGUGGUUGCAAGGACGGCUUCAUCCGAAUUUUCGAGAUUUACACAUCCGCCGCGGACAACGAGCCUCACGGUUCAAACGGCGAGCAAUCCCGGCCAUCCACACAAUCAUCUUCGAUCCGUGCAACAGCGCAAUCGGGCAUAGGUUCCGCCCUUGCGAGUCGCGCUCCGAUGUCUAUGGCCAGCCGGUUGGCAACAGGGGAUGCUCAAUUUAAGCAUACUUAUAAGGAAGUAGCGUGUAUCGACAGCAAACAUCUAGACGUGUGGCAGGUGGGCUUUUCGUACGCUGGUGAUUGCCUCAUUUCCUCUGGUGACGAUGGGACUGUACGAUUCUGGAAGAAAUCCCUAUCAGACGAAUGGCUGGAAUAUGCCGAAGCUGAUAUGACUUACUGA